AGAAAAAUAGUUUUUUACAAAAGGAUUGUGAUGUUGUAGUUGUAUAUCAACACAAAACAAAAUUAGAGCAAUGUGUAAUAUUUUGUUAAUUUGUGAUUUAAUGAGAAUGAAAGAAUGGGUUCUACUUCUCAAGAGAUACUGAGGAGCUUUUGCUCUAACACGGACUGGAACUAUGCUGUGUUCUGGCAACUUAAACACCGAGGAUCUCGAAUGGUACUUACCUUGGAGGAUGCUUACUAUGACCAUCAUGGGACGAAUAUGCAUGGAACACAUGACCCCCUUGGGUUAGCUGUGGCAAAGAUGUCUUAUCAUGUCUAUUCUCUAGGGGAAGGGAUUGUAGGACAAGUCGCAGUUUCUGGAGAACACCAAUGGGUAUUCCCCGAAAAUUAUGACAACUGUCACUCAGCAUUUGAGUUUCAUAACGUUUGGGAGAGUCAAAUUUCUGCUGGAAUUAAGACCAUUCUUGUAGUAGCUGUUGGUCGAUAUGGAGUAGUGCAGCUAGGCUCUUUGUGUAAAGUUAAUGAAGAUGUGAAUUUGGUGAAUCAUAUCCGACAUUUAUUUCUGGCACUUAGGGAUCCAUUGGCAGAUCAUGCAGCAAAUUUAAUGCAAUGUAAUAUGAACAAUUCGUUAUGUCUGCCAAAUAUGCCUUCUGAAGGCUUACAUGCCGAGGCUUUCCCUGAUUGCUCUGGAGAAGUUGACAAAGCUAUGGAUGUGGAAGAAUCCAAUAUUUUAACUCAAUACAAAACUAGAAGAAGUGAUAGCAUGCCUUACAAUACUCCCUCGUCAUGUCUUGUCAUGGAGAAGACAGCUCAAGUUGUCGGUGGUCGUGAAGUGGUGCAAGGAUCUACGUGUGGGAGCUAUAGCGGUGUUACGUGUGGCUUUCCAGUUGACUUGGUUGGUGCCAAACAUGAGAAUCAAGUAGGUACAAAUAUAAUCAGUGAUGCACCUCAUGUGGGAAUGACUAGUGGCUGCAAAGAUCCAAGAGGAUUAGAUCCUAAUUUUCAUAAGUAUAUGAAGAAUCAUGUGCUCAAUAAUACAAGCUCAUCUGCUUUAGCAAUUGAGGCUGAAAGAUUGAUAACAGGCCAAUCAUAUCCAGGCCUGGACUCAACUCUUCAGGCUAUGUCGAGAACAGAUAAAGAAAGUUCUUAUCAAAACGAAGUAUUCCAACUAUCGGAGAACCACGGAAAUAAAGACAUAAAAGAGACUGAGCGUAUGCUGGGGCGGAACUGCGAGUCUAGUCAAUUUGAUGCUUUGAUGUCAUCUGGUUAUACUUUUGGUGGCAGCGAGCUACUAGAGGCGUUAGGCUCUGCUUUCAAGCAAGCGUGCACUGGUCAGGAGGAGCUACUGAAGUCUGAACAUGGCUCAACAAUGAGACCAACAGAUGAUAUGAGUCAUAGCCAGCUGACAUUUGACUCUGGCCCUGAGAAUCUUCUAGAUGCUGUGGUUGCUAAUGUGUGUCAAAGCGAUGGUAAUUCCAGGGAUGAUAUGUUGUUGAGCAGAUCGGUACAAUCAUUGCUUACCAGCAUGGAACUUGCAGAACCCUCAGGUCAAAAGAAGCAUAAUAUUGUUAACCCAAUUGAUAGUGCUAUGAAUCAGCUACCACUUGCAGAGGUGGAUAUCCAACAAAAUUCAUCAGAUAUCUGUGGAGCAUUUUCUUCGAUUGGGUUCUCAUCUACGUAUCCCAGCUCCUCUAGUGAUCAGUUUCAGACAUCCCUGGACAUGCCCAAGAAGAACAAAAAGAGGGCCAAGCCUGGUGAAAGUUCUCGACCUCGCCCAAGAGACAGACAACUCAUUCAGGAUCGAAUCAAGGAACUUAGAGAACUUGUACCUAAUGGAGCUAAGUGCAGUAUUGAUUCUUUGCUCGAACGCACGAUCAAGCACAUGCUCUUUUUGCAGAAUGUUACUAAGCAUGCUGACAAGCUCAGUAAAAGUGCUAAUGCAAAGAUGCAACAAAAGGAAACUGGUAUGCAAGGUUCAAGCUGCGCAGUGGAGGUUGGAGGCCAUCUUCAAGUAUGCUCGAUCAUCGUGGAGAAUCUGAACAAGCAGGGGAUGGUGCUCAUCGAGAUGUUAUGUGAAGAAUGUACCCAUUUUCUUGAGAUAGCAAACGUGAUUAGGAGCUUAGACCUCAUCAUCUUAAGAGGAAUCACCGAGACUCAGGGCGAGAAAACAUGGAUAUGCUUUGUAACUGAGAGCCAAAACAGCAAAGUAAUGCAGAGGAUGGACAUUUUGUGGUCUCUGGUGCAAAUAUUUCAACCAAAGGCCAAUGGCAAGCGGUAGCAGGCGUGGUAGCAGAGUUUGCGUUUACAUAAGAUAAAGAAUAGGCUUGUGUGGGGUUGUACAGUGUUGUUGUGACACUCACUGCAAUACUUCAUUUGUUUGUUUUGAUUUUUUGUGUAAAAAAAUUAGGUUUUAAAAGUUGAGUUUUUAGUGUGUUUAUGAUUUGCAUUUCUUUUCUUUCGUGUGGACCCUUUGAAGUUUGAAUAUACAUGACUUGAAACU